CUAAUGCGGAGCUAGCCUAGCUCGCUCGCGCAAGGUAACUGUUUGUGCACUCGCACCUCAACGCAGUCGCGGUGUGCGUCGUCUCCAAACUCUCGGAAUAAUCCCACCAACUUCACCGGCAAAACUUCAUUUAAGAUGCUCCCAUAGUUGAGAGCAGCCAUGUCAGAGGAGGCGGUGCGACAAACGCGCAGCCAAAAAAGGGCCAUGGAGAGGGACAACACGGUAGACAUGGACUCCAAACGGGUCAAACUGGAAAAAGGGGACUCUGACGGAAUCCCCCUGGACCAGGAUGGAAUGGAAGCAGAGGCCGUCAUGCUGAAGACUGAGCAAUCGGCAAAGCUAGCAGCCAGCAUCCUAAAGACUGGGGAGGUGAAGGCCACGAUCAAAGUGGAGGUGCAGACGGGGGACGAACCCGUUGAUAUGAGCACAUCCAAAAGCGAAAUAAAGAGAGAGCGCCAGCCUGCCUCACCAGACGACGUAAUCAUACUAUCUGACAAUGAACCAUCCAGUCCCCUCAUGAACGGCCAUUGCUUUACCAAGGCGGACACAGAAAAACUCAUGAAGAGUUCUCCUGAGGAACGGGAGCAAAUCAUCAAACACCUCAAAGAAGAGCUACGACUCCAAGAAGCCAAGUUGGUGCUGCUUAAGAAACUACGACAGAGCCAGAUCCAGAAGGAGAGCUCAGCUCAGAAGGCAUCUGGUUCUGUGGCGAAUCCUCCUCCUUUGGUGAGAGGUAGCAUUACAUCAAGCAAAGGAGCCCUACAGGUAACGGGUCGCAGCUCAGGAACAGUAAUCCCGCCGCCACUGGUGCGAGGUGGUCAACAUGUCCCGUCCAAGCACGGCUCUCAGACUGCUAUGCCCCCAUUGGUCAGAGGUGCCCAGCCUGUUACUGUGACUCCCCAGCAGAUCGCAAGCUUGCGUCAACAGCAGCAGCACGGCGGCUCAGGGCCUCCUCCGCUGUUGCUUGCUCCCCGGGCGUCGGUGCCCAACGUCCAGAUCCAGGGACAGAGGAUCAUUCAGCAGGGCCUGAUUCGGGUGGCUAAUGUAGCCAACAGUAAUAUCUUGGUCAACAUCCCUCAGGCAUCUCCAACAGGCAUUAAGGGCUCCUCAGCAUCGCCCAACUCUGGCAUCAACGACUCGCCUGCCAGUCGCCAGGCGGCCGCCAAGCUCGCCCUUCGCAAGCAGCUUGAAAAGACGCUGCUGGAAAUCCCGCCUCCCAAACCUCCUGCCCCAGAAUUCAACUUCCUACCUUCAGCGGCCAAUAAUGAGUUUAUCUACUUAUUGGGGUUAGAGGAAGUUGUACAAAAACUCUUGGACAUGCUCGGCAGAGGCAGUCUAGGCCCAACAGCCGGCAUGUCUAGCUCUAUUCCCAAAGAGCCGUACACCUGCACCCAGUGUAAAACAGAUUUCACCUCCCGCUGGAGGAAAGAGAAGUCCGGGACCAUCCUGUGUAACCAGUGCAUGUCGUCCAAUCAAAAGAAAGCCCUGAAGGCUGAGCACACUAGCCGGCUGAAGGCGGCCUUUGUCAAGGCGCUGCAACAGGAGCAAGAGAUUGAACAACGCAUCCUCCAGCAGGCCACUACUUCCUCUGCCUCCCCAGUUUCCAAAACCACCUCGUCCUCUAAUUCACUGUCAAAAAGCGAAGUGCUGGCAUCUCACCAGUACAAGCAGGUCCGGUCCGCCAUGCCGCACAGAUCUGUGACGGGCCAUCACUCUGCCAUUAAGCAGCUGCAGAGCGCAGUGACAGCAGCAGCGUUGGGCAGCAGGCCAAGUAAGCACGUCGCGGCACGCCCCCUGCAGCAGGGGGUGAAGGUCAGUGCUGGUGGCAGCAACAGUAACCAGGGCAACGUGACUGCCUGGAGAAAGAGCAGUAGCAAUGCAGGCGUGACAAUGGCCUACGUGAACCCCAGCUUGUCUGCCCACAAGACCACCUCCUCUGUGGAGCGCCAGCGAGAGUACCUGUUGGACAUGAUCCCCUCCCGCUCAAUCUCCCAAGCAGCCAACACAUGGAAAUAAUACCACCUCAUUACUGGCCACCCUGCCAUUCAAAUUCACCCCCCUCUCUUGCAAUAUCUAUGAUAGCCAUUAUGCACCCACCCUUCUAUAACCUUAUCAUUCUAAUCCCUUCUUUGAACUUGACGCAAGGGGAGGUGUGGGGAAUGUGCCUCCGUUUUUGUCUUUUGUCUUGAAAUGGAGCACCUCCUCCAUUUCUACAACGAGAGCCCAUUCCCCAAAUCCUGGGAUAUAAAGAUUGUGUCCAGUACAGGUUUUUUUUUUCCUUUUGUUAAAAAAAGUGGUCUGGGUUCAAACGUCUCUUUUGGUUGACCACAUGGGAGUCAGCACAGGAUCCCCAAACUCCUCUGUCUAUAGAUUAGACAGGGAAAAGAUACUAUUAAUAUUAUUUGAUACGACAGAUAAUGCGCCUUUUCCCUUCUACGGGAGGUCCGGUGCGGUGUCUGAACUGAAGAUCUCGUCACAGAGAUCGUUUGAUCUUUGGGACCAUCGCAAAAAAGACUUCAGCUUUGCAAAAAUAAAUAGAAGAGGAAAAAAAAAAAAAGACUUUAAUACUGCACACAGACUGCCUCUUCUCUCCGACCUCCAGCGCGUACGCCAGAGAAGACGGUGUGUGGCAUUUUUUUGUAUGGCUGAAUGUUAGGUUUCUUGUCUGUGAUUGCUUUUCUUUUUUGAAUUAUUGUGCUCCUCCAACGCUUUGGAAGUUGCCUCACAACGAGGUGGGAAUUAUACGGGCUCAUUUUAACGUCGAAGGUGGUUUUACAUCUGUUGGUUUUCCACAUUAUAGCCGAUUUCUAAAUACUUUGAAGAUUAAGGGUUUCACUGACUAUUGUAAAUUAAUCGAGCCUAAUGUAAUGUUUUGAGUGAUAAGAAAAACUUCCAAAGAACUAGUGGAGCCCAAAUUGAAUCCCUUCUGCUAGAAGGUUUGGAAUUUAUUUGAAACCUCUGGACAUAAACACAUGAUGUCAUGCUAAUACUGGAGGGGGUUUGUCAGGAAUGUCAUUUUGUGACAUGCUUUCUAUUUUCUUUUGCUUUUAGUCCUUUAGGUUGUGGUGCAUUGUUUUCCUCACUACACAUAGUGCUCUCUGGGUUUAUUUAUAGGGUCAAGAUAUUAGUAAAGACAUGCACGUGAAUGGAUCCGCAGCUGGUCCGUGUCGUUUGGCGUCCAUCAGGAAGCUGGACAGCUUUCAGAAUGUAAUGAUGCAAACAACAUCCCCCAUUUUCCAGAUGUGGUGGUGAUGUUUCGUCAGAUUCUCCAAAAAGGCAGGGUUGCCUUUUAAUCAGGCUAAGCUGGGGAAGAUCGUACUUCAAACAAGAAUUCCCACUGUGCUGGGUGUUAAGCUCUUUGUUCACUGCCAGUUUUUCCAAUUAAAAUGGAUAUUUGGUUUUUGCAACUAUGUGACAUCUACGACCAAUUUCUGAAUUAAUAGCUAAUGAAACCGUGACAGAGUUAUUUGUGGAUGACCUCCGACGAGUCCACAACAGCGGAACCAGACAAAGUACAGAAUACAGUUCAUUACAGAUGAUUGUAUUUUUGGCAGCAUAGCGUCAGAAAGGUUUUCACGGUUCUGGCGGUUAGGGUUCAAAAUUUGUCCCUUUCCCAGUACGUACUUCCACUUUCCAAAAAUAUUAGGUGGAUAGAAGACUAAUUUUACCCUGCCUCAAGCUGUGAGAACGAUACAUCUCUAUAAAUUUACUUUGCCCCUUGGACAGUGUGAGCUGUCCCAUGAUGGCUAAAAUACUGUCAUGAUUUCUUGGCUUCUCUGUGGACUUGAGCAACCGGUCUGAAAAUCUGCGGCGGAAACAUCUCAGGUUGUCUCCACAUUCCCGACAGGCAUAAAAGCAGCAGCAGCAACCCUUGUGCAUCUUGUGGAUGCAAAAACAAGUAUGUCACCAAGUGUUACAACACGUCACUGUUUGAAAUCACCACCAUUCCGUUCAUUUGAGAGGGAAAGAAGUGGCCAAACCCAUACUGCUCAGAAAAUGAUGUAUGAGGAGAUAUUUGUUCUUCGGGGGAUUCCCGCCCUCCUCUGCUCAAAUAAUAAUAAAAACUAAUUUUAACCCCUCUUUGACUGAUUUGUGAAU